UCUUCAGCUCCAUGGAAUCUUUUGUAAACUGAUGAUCUCUGCUCAUUGAACAGCAGAGAAAGAAAUGAUUUUUACACAGUUGAACUACUAACUGCAGAAAUCAAUCGUUAAAAACCCAAUUUCCAUUUUUGUCCCUUUCAUCUCUCCACCCAAAUUUCUCCUUAAAAAAUUUCUCCUUUUUCCCACUUCUUUACUUUUUCCCAAUUCAAGAAACCUAUUAUUGGUUUAAAGGUCAGUUUUUUGAUGUGUGUAUAUAUAUAUAUAUGGCAAUAUUCUUUCUUGAUUUUAUAUGGGUAUUUGCUAAAAAGUUGUGAUUUUGGGUAUACCCAUUAGCUUUUCUUGGACAAAUUUUGGGUUAUUUGUAGUGUUGAUUGAUUUUAUUUGGAUUAGUGGUAAAGAGCUGCAAAUUUGGGGUUUUGGGUAUUUGAGCUGUUGUGUUUGUGAUUCUUGAGCUGCUUAGAGUUUGUUGAUUUGAGUAGUGGAGUUAGUUUUAUUUGAUGAAAGUAUGUUGGUUGAGAAAAAGAGUGAUUUUUGGUAUGCCAUUAGCUUUUCUUGGACUAAUUUUGGGUUAUUUUUUAGUGUUGAUUGAUUUUAUUUGGAUUUGUAGUGAAGAGCUAAAGUUUGGGGUUUUGUGUAUUUGAGUUGUUAUCUAUGUGAUUCUUGAGCUGCGUAGAGUUUGUUGAUUUGAGUAGUGGAGUUAGUUUUAUUUGAUUAUGCCACCACCAGAAGGAAAAAGUUUGUUGGUUGAGAGAAGUGAAGUGAUUUUUGGUAUUUAAGUUUUUGUGUGUAUGUGAUUUUGAGCUUCUUAAAGUUUGUUGAAUUGAGUAGUAGAGUUAGUUUUAUUUGAUGAUGCCACAACCUAGAAGGAAAAAAUGGACCGAGGCAGAAGAAAGAACUCUAAUUGAUAAGUAUGGUGAGAUGUUAUGUGAUGGGACUUUAGCUAAGAUGAAAACUAGGGAAAAGAAGUAUAGACCUAUAGCUUUACAUGUGAAUUCUGUGCACCAUGUUCGUGAUCCGAUCACGUAUCCAUGGCAAUGGACUUGGAAGGAUGUGUCCACUAAAGUGCAGAACAUGAGACAUCAAUAUACACUGGUGAAGCAGAAGAUUAAGAAGCCAAACUCUGGGGAUGAGUCGGGUUCUGGGGAGGAGUUCGAUUGGAUGGAGGGGCUAACUCAUUGGUCGAAUUUUUUAAGGUAUAAGGAAGUGUUUGGGGAUAUCAAUACACUUGUCUUCAAUUGUAGCGAUUCCAUGGCGGUUGUAGGAGAUGGAAAUGAAAAUAGUGGGGGAUUUGAUGUGAGUGGUAACGGCAUGGGGAUUGAUCAAUUUGGGCAUCUAGGACAUGCUGGGGACGGUGAUUUUACGGGAGGUAUUAAUGGGGUUGAUCAUGGUGUUACAGGUAGGGAGUUUGAUUAUGAUGGAGAAGAAGGAGAGGAGAAUUUCAAUGGUAGUAUCAGGAGAAAUAAUCAUUUGAAGGAAGAUGCGGAUAGUGGAUUUGUUUACGAAGACAUCGAGCCAACUGGAUCCGAUACGAGAAAGAAGAGGAAGAUACUAAGAGGGGUGGAGAAGAGGGCGUGGAGUUUCCUUGCAACGCAGUUGGCACAGUUAAAGGAAAUGGAAGCUCGGUUUGAGCAGCGUGAGGCUGAGAGGGAGCGGGAGAGGCAGAGGAGAGAACAUAUUAGAAUAGAACUUGAACAAGAACGUGAGAGAAAAUGGGAAGAAAGAGAAAGAGAGAGGGAGGAAAGGGAGAAAAUGAGGGAGAAGUUGCAGAGACAGAGAAUUCAAGAAUGGGAAGCCAUGGAGAAGGAAAGUGAGGAGAGAGAGAGGAGGAGACGAGAGGAACAGCUUAUAUUUGAGAGAGAACGUGAAGAAAGAAUGCACAAGAGGAGAUCAGAUUGGAAGAAGAGGAUUGACGAGACGUUAGGUCAGCAUCGAGCUGAAAUGAGCCAGGUCCAGACUCGAAUACUUCACGAACAACAAAAUCUUACUAGUCAGCUUCUUGGAAUUUUCUCUCAGUGGACUGGUCAUCCAACUGGGCUUUCUGAUCACACAGGAGCUAGCAACCAUUAUCUUUCACAAAUGAUGCAAAACUUGCACCAUGUCAACGGGAUGGUUCACGGAGAUGCAAGGGUUGUAGAGGAUGCUCAAGAAGACCAAUUUAUCGUUGAUGGAUAAAUAAAAGCAGGCUCCUUUUAGUAUUUUCAUCAACCACCUGAAGAGGGAAGGUUCAUGUACCUUGCAAGACAUGAACAAGUGUAAAGGUCAGUACUUUGUAAUUGUAUUAUUUGAUAUUAGGUUUCUACUCAAAACCUAUAUAUUUGAAUAAUGUUUCCUAUAUCCCCUUUUUAAUGUAGCCAUUAUAGAAUGUAGAGUUCUUGGCCUUCAAGUUUUUAUGUCGCCAUUGUUCAAUAAAAUCUUUUGAUAUAU